AUGUACACCUCAUGUGCAGCCGCCGCCGCCGCGGCUCCCGAGCUUCCAGCUGCCCCCAGCUCUUCCUUGCGCCCUCUGCCCUGUCGCGCGAACAUCACGCUCCCCGUCCGCGGCGUCGUCGUCGACCGCGCCGAACUCUCGCGCUGGAAUGCCGCCGGCUACUCUGUGACGUGGGCAAUGCCGACUGGCACUCCCAUGGUCGACGUUCCAGAGAUGAACCACCACGUCUUCGGCCACACGCUGCCGCCAAUCGCCGCUCCUUAUUGGCCUCUCCCUCCUCCUCCGCCUCCGCCGGCGCCGUUCUUCGUCCCAAACGCUUACGGUUUCGCUUACCCUCCCUUUCCCCAGCCGGUACCGGCUGCUCCUCCUCCGCCUGCGCCGCCGCCGGCGCCGCCUCCACAUCCGGCACAUUCAAGCCUGCAUUCUCCACUUCCGCCGCCGCCGCCUUCUCCACCAUCGGACCUCCAGGCGCAGGUGCCUGUUCUGGACUGUUCGUCGCCCUACUUCGGCAUUCGUAGCGGCGCAACCCCAUCUCCGACGCUCUCGGCCAUCGAUACCGAUUGGGAUGCCUGUGAGAUCGAGCUGAAGAGUAUCGUGUCGGGAAGCGAUACCAAGUUGGAGGAUAUCGAUAUCGAUGCCCACGGCACCAUUGACACCCUUGCCGACGAAGCGUUCGACGAAGAACAAGUCGAAUCACAAGAAAAGAUAGACGGUUACGAAGAGCAGCUGAGCGUGUACGAUGAUGAUUACUUCGUACCGCCAACGCCGCCGGAGCGGACGUGGUCGGCUGGACCACCGGCGCGUGAGGUGCCUCAGACCCGCCGCCGCUGGUCUGCACCAAGGCUUCCCGCGUUUACGAUGGUUGGUAUCGUUGUUGUCGACGAUCAUAACGAUGUCGUGGAAAAAGCUGUUGAUCAUAUUGAUAUGGAACUUCCGUCAAAGCUGCCGCUGACAGCUGGAUCAACUUUGGAAAAAGAUUUGGAUAAGACUCAGGAUAUUGCUUACAAUGGUUAUUACGAGGUCCUGGCGGUUGAUGGUCUGGAAAAGGCAGAAGCUGAACCAGAGGUGCAGAAGGAUUCUCAGCCCGCGAUGGGUGAAGAUGACGACGAAGAGACAGAAGAGGAACCGCAGAAGGAAGAAACCCUUAAGCUCACGAACACCACUGAGGAUAAGAAGAGUAUGAGAAAGAAGAAGAAGAAGACUGGAGAGCCUGAAGAGUCCAUGUUGGGGAACAAGAGCGGCUAUUCUCAUACAUGGUCUUCCCUUCCCACAGAUUCACGGACAUUCGCACUAGCACGCGCGCCGGACGUCUUCAAGCAACCAGAAGAGACACAUCCGCUGUCGCCUUGCGAUAGUUCUGGGUGCGUAAGUGAUGACGACAGUAGUUAUUCAGGCCUGGAAGUUCAUGUCACCGGCAACGGCUUGAGAAAGCUCAACGACAGCGGUAUGCCUGAGGAGUUCAAGCUCAAGAAGUUGGAUAAGCGCAUUACAGCAGCCAAAGUGCAUAACAAAUCCUUGGAACUUCAGCUGCAGAGGAAGAAAGAAAAUUCUGCGCAAAUGACGCAGAAGUUGGAUGAGAUGAUGCUGGCUCGAGCGAACGCUGCGAGGGCCAAGGAGCAAGAGAAGGCCAGCAAGCAGGAGACCAGCGAUAAGCUUAGCAGAAGCCAAAAGAGGGCAUUGAAGAGGCAGGAGAAGAAAGCCGAAAAGAAGGCCGAAGAUGGGCGCGAGGGAUUGUCGAAGGUCGCAUCGAAUAGCACGCUUACGCGGGAAGAACCGAAGCAGAAGAAGCACGAAGCCGCUGAAUCUUCCCGGCCCUCCCAGCCUGCUCAGCCUGCUCAGCGUGUUGGUGGAAUGAGGAUGAGCACCAGACGUUCUCGCCCCAAGUCUAAGCCACAGAAGCAUGUCGACGCGUUGGAACGUGCGGAUAGCAUGGAGCCACGCAACAAAACAGAGCGCGAACUCGCACAUGGGCUGAUUGCUGCUGGUAUCAGGAACAUCUCAGCUGAGGACCGUCUGCCGUCGGCAAGUUCGAGCGCUUUGGAGCGCGAUUCGGAUAAGAAAGAAAUGGUCCGAGAUACCGACGACGAAGCGGAUUCAGUUGGCACAUGCGAUACAGAGACGGGGAGCGAUGGUUGA